GUGAAAACAGUGAUGAAAAAUCAUUCUGCAAUAACAACAUUCAUCUUACUGGGAUUAACAGAUGACCCACGACUACAGGUUUUGCUUUCGGUAUUUCUGUUUCUCACCUACAUGUUCGCUGUUGCUGGAAAUCUAAUUAUCAUCCUCCUCACCCUGGUGGACUCUCACCUUAAAACACCUAUGUACUUCUUCCUUCGGAAUUUCUCCACCUUAGAAAUAAUGUUUACAACUGUCUGUGUUCCCCGAUUCCUGUACAGCAUGACAACUGGGGACAAAAGUGUGACCUAUAAUGCUUGUGUCAUCCAAUUAUUUUUUGUCAUCCUCAUCGGGGCAACAGAAUUUUUUCUUCUAACCGCCAUGUCCUACGACCGCUACGUGGCCAUCUGCAAGCCCCUGCACUACACCACCAUCAUGAAUGAAAGGGUUUGCACUGUUCUUCUCCUUUGCUGUUGGCUGAUUGGGUUACUUGUCAUACUCCCACCGCUCAGCCUGGGAGUUCAGCUGGAUUUCUGUAACUCCAAUCUCAUUGACCAUUUUGGUUGUGAUGCAUCGCCCCUUCUAAAGAUUGUGUGCUCAGACACUCAGUUUGUAGAGCAACUUGUUUUAAUCAUGGCUGUGCUGACCCUCAUACUCACACUAGUCUGUGUAAUUGUGUCCUACACCUACAUCAUUAAGACUAUUUUAACACUCCCUUCAGCUCAGCAAAAAAAAAAGGCUUUCUCCACCUGUUCCUCCCACAUGAUUGUAGUUUCCAUCACCUAUGGAAGUUGCAUCUUUAUCUAUAUCAAACCAGCAAAGGAAGGAGUGGCCAUUAAUAAGGUGGUGUCACUGCUCAACACUUCAGUUAUUCCUCUGAUGAACCCUUUCAUUUAUACCCUACGGAAUAAGCAAGUCAAACAAGCCUUCAGGGACUCAAUUAAAAAGAUACCAUUUUUUUCAAAAAAUUAA